AUGAACCCUACCACGACCAAGAACUACCUCGAUUGGUACAACAACGUUGAUGGCAAAACUUGCCAAGAAACCAGAGCUUUGUUCAAAAUCAGCCCCGAGGAGUUCGCGAAAUGGAACCCUUCUGUUGGCGUCGACUGCCACAUCAAUUCAGCACCCAUCAGCACCACUACGACAUCCACUCUGGGGCCUUCUCCAACCGCGUGGGAUGACCUUGGCUGCUAUGCUGACAGACCGAAUCGGCCAAUACUCGAGAAGCUCGUCAGUAAAAAGGGCGGAGACGCCGCCCUCACAAUCCCCAAGUGCCAAAACGCCUGCUACCGCUUAAACUUCAUAUUUGCAGGCGUCAAGGCGGGCAACGAGUGUUGGUGCAGUAGUCACGUUGUCGGUGAGUGGACGCCGAAUGCGAGCGACUGCAACAUGGCCUGCACCGGCGAUGAGACCCAGAUCUGCGGCAGCAAGGAUUGCCUUGGUGUUUUCGAGGCAUCACAAUCCGAUAUCGUACGGGGGCCCAACUCCAGCUCCAGUACCAGCAUUCCAGGAACUUCUACUACCAUCACCGAGAUGGGCAAGGUAGCUCAGACGAGCCAAGCUAGCUCCGGGGCGAUGAGGAAUUUUGCUCUGUUCUAG